AUGCGGGGGCAUGGGUGGGUGAAGGAAGGCGCAAAGGUGCAGGCGGCCAUCUGCCGCGCCCCCGAGCGCUGCAGCGCGCCGCCGAACGCCCGGCUGCUCCGAGGUCGCCCCCGGCCUUAUGCACCCAGCCCGCCGCCGCCGCCGCUGCUGGCAGCCCGGCUGCUCCAGCUUCUCCGGAUCUCAGCAAACCCCGGGGGGCAGUCUCCGCGGCCAGGCCCACCUCACUCCCCAGUACCAAGGGUGGACCUACAGACGGAGGAGGCCCUGCCUUCACCAAAGGAGCCUGCAUCCUUGCCCAGCUCAGCAGACAGCAGCGUCUAUCUCCAGACACCACUGCACAUGACGAUUGCCUAUAAUCAUCCAGAUGUGGUGUCUGUCAUCCUGGAGCAAAAAGCUAAUGCUCUUCAUGCCACCAACAACCUGCAAAUUAUUCCAGACUUCAGCCUCAAGGAUUCCCGAGACCAAACUGUGCUGGGCCUGGCAUUAUGGACUGGCAUGCACACAAUCGCAGCCCAGCUGCCGGGCUCCGGGGCUUGCAUCAGCGACACCAUGUCAGACGGGCAGACCUUGCUGCACAUGGCCAUGCAGCGGCAGGACAGCAAGAACACGCUCUUUCUCCUGGAGCACCAGGCGGACAUAAACGUCAGGACUCAGGAUGGGGAGACGGCUCUUCAGCUGGCCAUCAGAAAUCAGCUUCCCCUUGUCGCGGAUGCCAUAUGCACCCGAGGAGCUGACACGUCUGUGCCAGAUGAGAAGGGGAACCCCCCACUGUGGCUCACGCUGGCAAAUAAUCUGGAGGACGUCGCAUCCACUCUGGUCAGACGUGGUUGUGAUGCCACGUGCUGGGGCCCAGGACCUAGUGGGUGCCUUCAAGCACUGCUGCACAGAGCCAUUGAUGAAAACAACGAGCCCAUCGCCUGCUUUCUUAUUCGCAGUGGCUGCGAUGUGAAUAGUCCCAGACAACCCGGUGCUAAUGGAGAAGGAGAGGAAGAGGCCAGAGAUGGGCAGACCCCCUUGCAUUUGACAGCCUCCUGGGGGCUGCAAGGGACGAUACAGUGUCUUCUGGAGUUUGGUGCCCCUGUAAAUGCACAGGAUGCAGAAGGAAGAGCGCCUGUCCACGUGGCCGUCAGCAACCAACACGGUGUCAUCAUUCAGCUGCUGAUUUCCCACCCUGACAUCCACCUGCAUGUCCGAGACAGGCAGGGCCUGACCCCCUUUGCCUGUGCCGUGACCUACAAGAACAACAGUGGCGAGGCCAUCCUGAAACGAGAGUCCGGGGCUGCCGAGCAGGUGGAUAACAAGGGCCGGAAUUUUCUUCACGUGGCAGUUCAGAACUCUGAUUGCGAAAGUGUGCUGUUCCUGAUCAGUGUUCAGGCUAACGUGAAUUCCAGAGUCCAGGAUGCUUCCAAGUGGACCCCUUUGCACCUUGCUGUCCAAGCAGGCUCAGAAAUUAAUGCCACUUCCAGCGGGUAA